AUGUAUAGUGCAGUGCCGGAGGCGACCGUGGAGGAACUCUACAACUGCUAUGGCGGUGUAGCCCGGUACGUGCUUCAACGUCCGUUCGAGAACCCCAGCUGGGGGUUGCCUAGGCUGCUGCAGCCACUGACCAGAAUCCUGGCUACUUGCAACGUUCAACAGGUUCGGGCGGCCAUGGAUGCCAUCGACAUGGGACCUGAGGCGAGCCAUCGCCUGGUCCAUAUUGUGCCUUACGACAACUUCAAGGAGAAGCGGCUAACGUUUGCUUCUGAUUGGGUGGCUGAGGAGUUCACCAAACGGGCUUGGAUAGAUGAGCAGGAUCAAGAGAUGGAUAAGGAGGCUGCGGAGGUUCUGUACAUGCCUUUCUGGGAGCAUAAGGAGCUGCUUGACUGCCACAGCAAGAUGUAUAGUGCAGUGCCGGAGGCGACCGUGGAGGAACUCUACAACUGCUAUGGCGGUGUAGCCCGGUACGUGCUUCAACGUCCGUUCGAGAACCCCAGCUGGGGGUUGCCUAGGCUGCUGCAGCCACUGACCAGAAUCCUGGCUACUUGCAACGUUCAACAGGUUCGGGCGGCCAUGGAUGCCAUCGACAUGGGACCUGAGGCGAGCCAUCGCCUGGUCCAUAUUGUGCCUUACGACAACUUCAAGGAGAAGCGGCUAACGUUUGCUUCUGAUUGGGUGGCUGAGGAGUUCACCAAACGGGCUUGGAUAGAUGAGCAGGAUCAAGUGAAGUCUCUGAUGGAAUACAGCGCCGAAGCAGUAAAGGGGAUACUUUUUGAGAAGGUUAUGCAUGGUGUACUGGCGAUGGGCGGCAAGUUUGAUGUGGUGCCAUUGCACCCGGAGACUCUGGAGCGAGGCGAGGAGGAGGAGCUGGACAUCCAGGCCUGUACAGAGUCUCUUCGCUUCACAGAUGACGAGGCCAGUGAUAUGAUGAGCAGUAUUAAGAACAUGUACUUGAGGCCCGUGUCCGGCAAUUUCCCCGUCAUUGAUGCCCUUAAGGUGCCGGAGAUGCACCUUUUCCAGAUGACUAUUUCGCGUAGCAAGGUACUCAAUGCUGAUGAACUUGAAAACGUGCUCAAGCGACUGGGCAUCCCUGCACCGGGCCAGGAGGGCUGCCAGCCCAGCCUCUACUUUGUGGUGCAUCCUGGCGUGUACAACAAGUUUAAGGAGAAGGCGCGCGACGUCCUUGGCGAAGCCGCCCUGGGAGGACAGGCUUCUGUGCACCUCGGGGCUUCCAGGGUAUCCUGUCCUCCAGUAUUUGAUCGCGGGCGACUUUCCAUCGAGGUCUCCACCAUUGCGGGGCGGAUCACCGGCGUGGUCCCUGUCGGCGGUGUUCGGACCGGCCCUUGCCGCCCCCGCGCCUGCGCCGGCGCGGGGGUUACGUGGCGCUACUGGCGUACAGUCGAGUCCCUUUUCUGCAAGGCUGAUUCCGCAGGGUGGCUCGGCGGCGCUGGUGGGUCACCCUCCAUGUCGUCUGGCUCUGCGCGGGGAUGGUGUGGCUUCUUCGUGGUCGUGCUCCACACGACAGUCCGAACGGAUAAAUAG